AUGAUUGUAUACUCAAGUUUUGAAGACUGGAGACUUGGAGAUGAGAUAAAUCACCAGGAAAACCAAGACAAGUUUUUGAACCACAUUGCAUUCAUUAACAAUAAGCCACUGACUGAGGAGAUAGAUCAUGAAUGUAACGAUGUGCUGGGAAAAAUAAUUCAUCUGAACAGAACAUCUGAUGAAUGCAUCAGAGGCUUCAUGGAGAAGUCACACCCCUUUAUACAACCGAAAAUUCUAACCAGUACGAAAUCAUUUAAAUGUAUUCAGUGUGGGAAAGCCUUCAGUGGAAAGUCAGGACUCAUUGUACAUGAGAGGAUUCAUACUGGGGAGAAACCAUACAAAUGUAAUGAAUGUGAAAAAGCCUUUAUUCAGAAGUCACAACUCACUGUGCAUCAGAGAACUCAUACAGGAGAGAAACCCUAUGAAUGUAGUGAAUGUGGGAAAGCAUUCACUCAGAAGUCAAACCUCAUUAUUCAUCAGAGGAUUCACACAGGGGAAAAACCUUAUGAAUGCAAUGAAUGUGGAAAAGCUUUCAUCAAGAAGUCAACACUUAGUGUUCAUCAAAGAGCUCAUAUUGGGGAGAAACCAUAUGAAUGCAGUGACUGUGGGAAAGCCUUCAUCUGGUGGUCACAGCUAAUUAUACAUCAGAGGAUUCAUACUGGGGAGAAACCUCAUGGAUGUAAUGUAUGUGGAAAAGCCUUCAACAGGAAGUCAGAACUCAGAGUACAUCACAGAAUUCACACUGGGGAGAAACCUUUUGAGUGUAAUGAAUGUAAAAAAGCCUUCAUUCAAAAGUCAGAUCUCAUUGUACAUCAAAGAACUCACAGUGGGGACAAAAGGUAUAAAUGUUGUGAGUGUGGGAAAGCCUUUAUCCGGAGCUCACAGUUCAUUGAACAUCAGAGAAUUCAUACUGGGGAGAAACCCUAUGAAUGCAGUGAAUGCAGAAAAGCUUUUAUCCAGAAAUCACAACUCAUUGUGCAUCAAAGAAUCCAUACUGGAAUGAAGCCGUAUGAAUGCAUUGAGUGUGGAAAAGCCUUUAGUAAGAAGUCACACCUCACUGUACAUCAUAGAAUACAUACUGGAGAAAAACCCUAUGAAUGUAGUAAUUGUAGAAAAGCUUUCAGUAAAAAAUCUACUCUCAUUCUUCAUCAGAGAAUUCAUAUGGAACAUAAACCCUUUUAAUGGAAUGAGGAAACUUUAAUUCAGUGAUCAAAAUUUCAUCAUACAUCAUAGAAUUCAUAAAAUCUAAAAACUCUAUGAAUGUACUAAACAUGAGAAGCUUUCAACAAUAGCUUCCAAACUAUUAAGCACCAGAAAAUUCAUACUGAGAAGCAAUUUUGAAAAAUCAUGUUUCAAAAAAAAUUUACAUUGGACAUCUUGGUUCAGGCCUGAUAGUAAAAGUUUUUUUAUGGUAUGACAGAA